AUGAAUGAGAGUGGUUUAGGAAUUUAUGGAACCAGUUAUAAAACUAUGAUAUAAACAACAAGAGAGAAUACAAUUUAGGAUCAUUUGUAUCUCUAAACUUCAUAUCAUAAAAAAAAAUCUGUUAGAAUCAAAACCAAAACAGUCAAUGAUUCUAUUUUUAAUGGAAUUAGAAUAGGUACAACAACGCUUCAAUCCCAUAGAUCAAGAUAUCAAUCUACUCAACAGGAGGCUAGAUAAUUAAGUUCUGCAGGUUAUCAAUCGCAUUAGUAUAAAGGAUGUAAAAACUAUAAAUGUCUUAAAACUAUCUCUGAUUUGUAGGAAGCCUAAGAAGAAAAUUUAUAAACCAUUAGGGCUUUAACAUAGGAAAUAGAGAAAUUAAAGAAAGAGAUAUAAUCAAAUACUAAAAUGAUUAUCAAUGAAGAUAAAUUAAAAGAAAGGUUAGUUUCAGCAACAGGCAGAGUCUAAGUUUAAAAAUCAUUAGGAUUAUUUGGAUAGAGUUUAGAUAAUAAUUAGAUAGUCAAUUUUUCAAAAACUGAUUCAAUUAUUUUAAAUAGAACCAUUUCAUAAUUUUAGAAAGGAGAAAAUAUUAAUAUUUCAUAAUUGUUAAAUAAUUAAUAGAAUUCUGAAUAAGAAGCAAUAAAGUUAUUAGAUAUAUAUCAUAAGUCUUAAAUUUAAAAUUAUACUUAUCAUUCUUAUAAGGGAAAUUAAAAUUUAAUUCCAUAUAUAAAAUGUGAUAAGUGUGAUUCUAUUAAGAAUAUGCACAUUAUCAGAUUAGAAUGUAAACAUUAAUAUCAUUUAAAUUGUUUAAUAGAACAUAUAAGAUUGUAAUUAUCAAAACAAUAGGACAGUUUUAAUAUAGUUGGAACUCUUUCAUGUCAUUGUAAAGCAAAUAUUCAUUUAAACUUUAUUAAAAUAAUGAAUUAACCAGAGUUCUCAAUUAUUUAUCAAAUUCUAUCAAAUUUUUAACUUUUUAUAUUAGCUAAAAGCCAUUACUUAGCCAAUAAUUAACAUCAAAAGCAGAUCAUUUAAAAGUGUAUUAAAGAACAUUGUUACUUUAUUAUCAUAGGUGAAGAGGAUAAGAUCUCAUAUUGUCCAUUGUGUUGUGAAUUUAAUUUAUUUGUGUAAAUUAAAUUUAUUUGAUUUAUUAUAACAAUGAAAAAUAAUAAAUAGUAUAAGUAAUAAUUACCAAUUAUUAUCUAAAAGUAAGAAGAUAAUUUAAGAGAGAGUAAGUAUAAAUUACAAUAUAGGAAAGCUAAAGGAAGUUAUAUGAAUGA